GAUAAUGAUGGGGAGGAUAUUAUCUCUACUUUGCGGAACGGUGCUGCUGCUGAAAAUGCCGUUGCUUUAAUGCAAGUAAGAGGAUACAAUCACCGUCGUAGGCCUCGCCAUCGCUUGACCCCUGGAACCGUCAAAUUCGCAGCUUUUCAUGUUCUUUCCCUCGAAGGAAGCAAAGGCUUAACAAUUCUAGAUGUUGCAGAGAAGAUUCAGAAAUCUGGAUUGAGAGACCUCACAACCAGCAAAACCCCCGAAGCAUCUAUAGCUGCUGCAUUAUCACGGGAUACGAAGCUUUUCGAAAGAACUGCUCCUUCAACAUAUUGUGUUCGUGCCCCAUUCAGAAAAAAUCCCGUCGAUGCUGAUGCAAUAUUCGCCGCAGCGAGGGAAAGAAUACAGGCGUUUCAGAGCGGGUUUUCGGACUCCGACGAAGUUGAGAAGGAUGCAGAUGACGGAGAUGAUGGAGAAAGGGACGAAGAUUCUGAAUUCGAGAAUGCUGAUGAACCUGAAGUUGAUGAUUGUAGUGUGGAAGCGAAGAUGAACAAGGAUUUACCUUAUAUGACUAAAUUAAGAGGAGCGCUAACUUCUAAUUCGGCUAAUAAUAAAAAGAAGGAAAUUCUCUGUGACGGUAUUGUGCUAACCCCGCCCAACAGUUUAAGACAUUCUGAUAAAGUUUUUCAAGAUGCACUUCCAAAUUCCAAGCAAGCAUCUACUAAUUUGGAAGGUGCGGAAAUCGAUGAAAGCAACUUGGGUGAUCCAUGGGUUCAGGGUUUAACCGAAGGUGAUUACGCGGAUUUAAGUGUCGAGGAGCGCCUUAAUGCAUUGGUUGCUUUGAUUGGUGUGGCUAUCGAGGGAAACUCGAUACGUCUAAUUCUCGAG